AUGUAUAAAGAACUAGAAUGGGCAUUUAAUAAUUACAUUCUAGAAUGUAAAUUGAUAAUUAAUGAAAACAAAAAGCAUGUAUUGCCUCCAAGUAUAGUAAAAAACGUUUUGAUCCCAAAUAAAAUCGGUAUAAUUCCCCAUAUAUCGACAUUACUACCUUCAAGGUUUUAUAACGAAUCUUUGAUUAAUGUACAUACAGAAGAUGAACUGACCCUGCGAUUUAUACCGUAUUUAGAAAAUACCACCCAUUUAGAUGUUCAACAUUUUAAUGAUACUACGAUAUACGAUUUAUCGUACAAUCAAAACAAUGAAAUAUUAAGUAGGUUACUAGAAAAUAGUAGCACGGUAGAAGUAGCAGAGUUACUGAACAUUGAACCUGAAUAUUUUACCAAACAGUGUGCUAAAAUGAAUAUGUAUGAAUGUUCUUAUGAUUCGCUUUUUAAUGAAAUGCGUAAAUAUUUCUGUGCGAGAUGUUUAAUUUUUGGCUGUAAAAUCCACACAAUUCGUACAAAGACCUGUUUUGAUUACGAAAGCGAAGUUAAAUGUUACUGCAAAGAUAUUAAUAAUCCUGCGCAAACUACUUUAAAUUCUAAUUUAAUCAUAAUUGAAAAAGAUAAGAUUAAAGAAAAUUUGAAAAUGUUUAACAAUGAUAAGUGUUUAACGUCUUUUAAUUUAUUUUUAAAAUAUAAUAUAACAAUAUCAUGUAGAGACUUGGGUAAAAAAAUGCCGCUUUAUAAAAAAAUAUUAAGAAGCAUGUAUUCUAUAACUAAUAGUAACAAACUUCCUGAAGUAUGUGAUCACACUGGAAAGUGUUACCAAAAUGCGCGAUGUAUUUGUUUUACAAAUGGAACAGGAUGUGAUUCAAAAUGUUUGUGUACUUUUUGUAAUUAUAUGUUUUACGGUUGUAAGUGUAAAAAUAGUUGUACGAAAAGAUGCAGUUGUAGUAAAAUUAAUAAAACAUGCGACGAACAUUGUGAAUGUCAUUGCGACAGUAAAAAUAUGUCUAGUUGUGAAUGGUACAUACCUUUAAUUUACAAGUCUACAUAUAUUUACAAAAGUGCUAAGAAAGGACUAGGAUGCUUUGCUGGUGAAAAUAUUAAGAAAGACGAGUUUGUAAUUGAAUAUGUUGGCGAAAUUAUUUCCAAUGAUGAAGGGAACAGAAGGGCAAAUUUUUAUGACGCAAAUGGUCUGUCAUAUAUAUUUGAAUAUACUGAUAAGCACUGUUUAGAUGCAUUUUUAGUUGGAAAUAAUUCUAGGUUUAUAAACCACUCUACUAACCAAAAUUUAUACAUCAAAAAAUUAUGGAUGAAGCGUGCACUGCGCAUUUGUUUUUAUGCAGCCCGUAAUAUAAAGUUAGGAGAAGAGCUGUUUUUUAAUUAUAAUUAUAGUGAUGAGUAUAAAAAGAAAUUUAAUUUGAUUGAUUAA